AAAAAACAAUUCUGAAACUUGUUCAUCUUGUGUUUACCAUCAGUUACUACUAUGCUAUGAAUCCAAAACAGCCACUAGUUUACAAAAUUCUGACUGAAACCAAAACACACUUGUAAAUAAACCAAAAAAUCAAUAAUCUUCAACAUAUCACACAAGUGAUAUAACAAUAUAUAUUGUUUUUAGAUAUAUGUAUGAGUUUUGUCAAAACAUUAGUCCAAGAUAUGCAAUGAUUAAUGAGAAAUCGGCCAAAAAAACACUGAACUUUGCGGGAAUUGCCAAAAGAAACCUGUACUCGAGCCUGACCAAUAAAAUCCUGAACUUUUGUUGACUUUUCGGGUUUAUUAAGAAACUUACGAUUGACUGACCAGAUUAACACACCGUUAACCGACAGUUAAGACAGUGUUAACUCACCGUUAAUUACUUCCGUUUAGUGAAACUACGUCGUUUCAUUCAGUUGUUUUGUUAAACACAAAAUCUCAAGACGAUGUCGUUUUGCUUAAUUAAAAUUGUUGUUAGCUGGACUCGAACCCGUGCACUCGUGGACCUAAGGGGGUUUUGCCACUGAGCUAGUGGACUUUUCGGAAGAUUAUCACACAUGUUUAUUUUUAUUGGUCAAAAGAUGUGUUUGAUUUCAAUCAAACAAAAUGAAACCCGUGUUUGAACGUAACCCUAAUUUCUCAAAUCGAUUUGGGGAUUUCUCUUGUAAUGGUGAGGAGAUGGUAAAGACGAAGUUCACAAGGAAUGGAAGGGAGGUAAUGAUUUUCGGAGCGAUGAGGAAUUUCGAUUACGGGAGUGACGAAGCGGUUCAAGAGUCGAAGAAGGGUGGAGAACGCGAUGCUUCUGUGAGUUUGUCAUCGCCGGAGAGAUCGAGGAUUCGUAAAAGCGUUGAAGGGAUAUCGAUGUUGGCAUCUACAGAGGUGUCGAAGGCGUCGAAAACAAGGCGGGGAACUUCAUAUGGGUCGCCUGCGUCAUCUCCGGAGAAGACCACGAGGAGGGGAACUUCAUAUGGGUCGCCAUCUCCGGUGAAGGCCACGAGGCGUGGUUCAACUCUGUCUCCUAGAGUUUCGAAGAAGCAGAAGGUAAAUGUGGCUCCUUCUGGUGAUGACAGAGAAGAAUGGCCAGAGACUGAGAUGUUGGCAUCAACAGUUGCGAAGAAGACAAGGCGGGGAACUUCAUAUGGCGGGUCGCCUGUGUCUCCUAGACAAUCGAAGAAGCAGAAGGUAAACUCGGAGAGGAGUCUAGGUGAUGAUGGUGAUGACAGAGAAGAAUUUCUCCAGAUUGAGGAAUUUGGGGAUAUAGGUGAUGAUGGUAGGGAAGAUGAGGACGGUAUUGCUGGCAUUGAGGAAGUUGGUUGUACAGAUUUGAGUCUUUAUUUUGGUGAUAAAGCAAAAAAUGAUGACUGUGAGGUUGAUGAAGACGAAGGCGAUGAUGAUGCAUGGGAUGAUGAUAAAAUCCCUGAUCCUGUGUCAUCAGAUGAUGAGAAUGAAGAGGAGAUGAGACCUGCGCAAGCUUACAGAGAAGACACUGAUCCAGAGGAGCUCCUUCAGCUAGGCAAGACAUUUUCAGAUGCUCAGGACUUCAAACAUGCUUGUCUGAGGUAUACCCUGAAAACCAGAUACAACAUCAAGUACUACAGAUCCAGUAGCUUGAAGAUGGGUGCAAAAUGUGCCGCUGAGAUGAGAGAUGAUGAGGCUCCUUGUCCCUGGAUGGUCUACUGUUCGUAUGAUAGGAGGAAACAGAAGUUGAUGGUAAAGACAUACGUCAAUGACCAUAAGUGUGAGAGGACAGGGUAUUCCAAGAUACUUAAGAGGUCAGCAAUUGCAAGUCUAUUUGCUGAGAGGUUAAGGCUGAAUCCAAAGCUCACGGCAAAGGAGAUACAGGCUGAGAUAUUGAGGGAGUAUAAGAUGGAAGUUUUAGAAAACUCAUGCAUUAAGGCCAAGACGAAGGUGAUGAAAGAAAGGAGGAAGACCCAUGAAGAGCAUUUUGAUAAAAUCUGGGAUUACCAAGCAGAGAUAUUGAGGAGCAAUCCUGGAUCAACCAUGGAAAUUGAGACCAUACCAGGAGCCACGGUUGGAAGCAAGCAGCGGUUCUAUAGACUCUACAUGUGUUUCCAAGCACAAAAGGAAGCAUGGAAGAAGACUUGUAGGCCUGUUAUUGGCUUAGAUGGAGCCUUUUUGAAAUGGGACAUCAAGGGACAGUUGUUGGCUGCGGUUGGAAGAGAUGGAGACAAUAGGAUUGUCCCUAUUGCUUGGGCUGUAGUGGAGAUAGAGAAUGAUACAAACUGGGAUUGGUUUGUGAAGCGUUUGGCCUUGGAUUUGGGAUUGGAAAAUGGGAACGGCUUUGUUAUAAUGUCUGACAAACAAAAGGGAUUAGUGAAGGCAGUUCAUACCCUCCUUCCAGAAGCAGAGCAUAGACAGUGUUGUCGCCAUAUCUACGAGAACUGGAGGAAAGGUGGAAAAGAUCUAAGGUUACAGAGGUUCUUCUGGUUCAUUGCAAGGAGCUACACUCCUGGUAUGUUCAACUACAACAUGGACGAGCUUAAGAACUAUGAUCCUGGCGCACAUGCAUCUCUGAUAAAGACAAAGCCAGAGACUUGGUCUAGAGCUUUCUUCAAGAUAGGCUCCUACUGCAAUGAUAAUCUGAACAACUUGUGUGAGUCCUUCAACAAGACCAUCAGGGAGCCUAGGAAGAAACCUCUGCUAGACAUGUUAGAGGAGAUUAGGCGCCAAUGUAUGACUAGGAACUACAAUAGGUCUAAGAUGGCUAAGGACAGGAAGACUAGGUUCACCCCGAAGACACAUAAAGAGUUAGACAGGGUUGAGAAGAAGUCAAAAGAAUGUAGUCUGCGUUGGGCAAUUGGGCCAGAGACUGAGGUGGAAGAUAGAGACCAGUCUUAUGUGGUGAAUUUGGAGAAUGAGACUUGUGCAUGUCGAAGCUGGCAAAUGAAUGGUAUUCCAUGCAUCCAUGCUGCUAAGGUCAUCCUUGGCGUGGGAAGAAAAGUCUCUGAAUUUGUUGCUCCUUUCUACACAACCUCUAAGUGGCGUGAAACCUACAGUUUUGGGAUCAGACCUGUAAAUGGGAUGAUAGAGUGGCCUCGGACCAAUAGAUUAGGUGUGAUUCCACCACCUAAUCGAAAUGGCAAGCCUGGUAGGCCUAAAAACCAUGAUCGAAAGAAGGGAACCAAUGAGACAGUGUCUACUACCAAGCUGAGUCGUGCGAACAGGGUAAUGACAUGCUCUAAUUGCAAAGAAGAAGGGCACUACAAGAAUACAUGUCGGAAGGCUUUUGUUGAGAGUCCACCUAAGAAACCAAGAGGCAGACCAAGGAAAUAUCAGGGACUACACUUUGGCGAGUCACAAGCUCAAUCCUCAGAAGCUCAAACCUCACAAAAUCAAUCCUCAGCAUGGGAAGUUCCUCAAUCUUCACAAGGUCAAUCCUCACAAGCUCAACCAUCACGAUGGGAAGUUCCUCAAUCCUCACAAGCUGAAGCAUCACAGACAGCAGCGUGGGGAAGAUGGUUUUUUUAGAUGCUUGUGUGUUGUUUAUGAUGGUCUCUGUCUGAAUGCUUUCGUUGUGUGUUAUUUAUGAUAGUGUCUCUGUCUGAAUGCUUUUGGAACAAGAACUACCUUUUUCUUUCUUCUCUUCCUGCUGUUUUAAUUUGAAACUUUCAAUGAAGAUAGUGUCGGUUAUUAUC